CGUAGAACGUACUAUUUCUUCCCGUAAGAGCCGGUCAUGCCGCGGAUACCUCCGCAAUGCUCCGCCGGCGGCGCCGCCUCCCCCUCUUCCGGAUUUGCCGUCCGAUUCCUCCGGAGAAGCAGGUCGAGCAAGUUUCUUGAUUUGUUUUUUUUCUUUUGGCUAAUUUGGUCGAUCAAGUUUGGAGUUUGUGCGGAUGUGGAGGUCGAUAAGAUGGCUCCGUUAGGGAAAUCAAGGACGCUGUCGAGGAUCUCUUCGGCCAGUUCUCCGAGGAUGGAAGCGACGCCAUUCCCUGCUCCAUUUUAUCAGGCACGUUUCUCCUAAUCAAGAAUCAACAAAAAAAAAAAGGAGAAAUAGGAGAUCAGCAACGAACCAACACAGGAUCUGAGGUUCUACAAACUAUAUUAUCGUUUUUCACGAGCUGGUUCAAAAGAACAUGUUUGGAUGAGAAGCACAAGAAUGGAGAUUGUGGCAGAGUUGAUUCUAGUCUAUCUUCAAUGCAACUCCGGCCCAUUGUUCUAGUCGUCGCCGUCUCCUCCUUCGGCGCCAUUCUCCAGCAUUGCAGCCCUCCUUUUACGUCUUUCGUGCUUCCGCGCUCGGAUCCAAUGGCGACGCGUAGCUUCGUCCUCUGGAUGCACGGGUUGUGCGAUUCCGGAUUAACCAACGAGCCCAUUCCGCUCCUUCUUCUCCGUUCCCGAAUUCAAGCUUGCCAAGCGAUCAAUGGAAAGGGAACAACUUCGUGCUGAUGCAAUUGGACUAACUUUGUUAUGGGUUUCCGCCUUUAAUCUAUAUCGACACCUAUUUUCUGGUCUCAUAGUAUGGCUGACAGGACUGUGUUAUUUGAGUUGGGGGAAGCUGGACCUCCUUUUCUUGAAUAAGCUGGUAUUCAUGGUGAAUUCAAGGCUGAUCCUAGUGUUGUUCAUUCUAUCACCACUAAGAAUUGCUUCAUCUUGAAUCAUGGAUCAAGACUCGUCUGAAGAGUUCAUCAAGAAGGCCAUCACCAACUUCUCUCAUCAAUAUUCUAUUCAUGCUUGGCGAACCAUGUACCCUUUCUCGAUCAUAUACUGCUAGCUCUGCUAUGGCUAUGCAUCAGCUACCCAACCAUCUUGUUUCCAUUACAUCCAAUUUCUCUUGAAGGGCCCUUAGAUGCCUAGUUAACCGCUUGAAGGGUCUAACCGUUGCAACAUUGCCCGAGAGUAAGAAUUGCUUCGUCUUGAAUCAUGGAUCAAGACUCGUCUGAAGAGUUCAUCAAGGCUAUCACCAACUUCUCUCAUCAAUAUUCUAUUCAUGCUUGGCGAACCACGCACCCUUUCUCGAUCAUAUACUUCAAGCUCUGCUAUGGCUAUGCAUCAGCUACCUGACCAUCUUGUUUCCAUUAUAUCUAAUUUAUGAAUGCAAAUUGUAUAUAAAAGACAGGUCUACAAGAUUCCAAUAGCAUUUGUUGGUCCAACAAAGAACACGUACCGUGCCCAUGGCUGUCAGCCUCUUCGUCCUCUUCUUCCUCCUCGGCUCCGCCGCCGGCCGCAUUCCGGCAGUCAUCGUCUUCGGCGACUCCACCGUCGACCCCGGCAACAACGACUUCCUCCUCACACCACUCAAGGCCAACUUCCCCCCCUACGGCCGUGAUUUCCCCGGCAACAUCUCUACCGGACGCUUCUGCAACGGCCGCCUCUCCACCGACUUCCUCUCCGCCUCCCUCGGCCUACCACCCACUGUUCCGCCUUACCUCGACCCCUCGCUCCCCAUCCAGCUCCUCGCCUCCGGCGUCUCCUUCGCCUCCGCCGGCACCGGCCUCGACCCCGCCACGUCUCAGCUCCUCUCGGUGAUUCCGCUGAUGGAGGAGGUCGAAUUGUUCAGGGAGUACAAGAGCCGGCUGGCGGCGCAUUUUGGGGCGGCGGAGGCGGAGGCGAUCGUGGGGGAGGCGCUGUACGUGGUCAGCAUCGGGACCAACGACUACAUUGUGAACUACUUCCCGAUGGCGACCGAGCGGAGCAAGCAGUUCACGGUGGGGGAGUUCGGGGAGUUCCUGGCGGCGGGGGUGGCGGAGUUCGUGGCCGCGUUGCACGCGCUGGGGGCCCGCAAGAUCGUCUUCGUGGGGCUGGCCCCCAUCGGCUGCCUGCCCUUGGAGAGGCUCACCGGCGGUGGAGGCGGAUGCUCGGAAGAGCACAGCGCAGCGGCGAGGGGGUUCAACGACAGGCUGGAGGCGGCGGUGGCGAGACUCGACGGGGAGCUGCCGGGGCUGAGGCUGAGGUUUGCGCCACUGUACAAUUUCGUGUCUGACGUCAUCCAAAACCCCCAAUCAUACGGGUUUGAGAAUGCAGAGCAAGGAUGCUGUGGAACAGGCGAGUUGGAGGUGAGCUUCCUGUGCAACAAAUGGACCCCUUACACCUGCCCCGAUGCCAACCGAUAUGCCUUCUUCGACUCGGUCCACCCCUCGGAGAAGUUGAACGGCUUGCUGUCCGACUACCUUCUCAAAACGACACUAGCCGAGUUCAUAUGAUCCUCAACCUCAAAAUCGAUGUGAUUGCGCGUCCAAACUCGAGACUUAGCAAAAUCUUUAUUCAACAAUAAAACUUACGAGUUCCAUUUGUGUCACUAGAGAAAAUUGUAAUAUGUUCAACUUGCUCCCUUUAAUUUGUAGUUUUUUUAGCAAAAUGUAUCAUUUUCAACUUUUGAAUC